AUGUCGAAACAUUCGGAUUGGAACGCACCCGACGUGGAGGCCCGGGCGAUCUCGAUCCCUGGAAACUCUAGACACAAUCGCUUUUCUCUCCGCAAUGCAGCGUGGGUGCUUGCGGGGGCUGGUCUUGCAGCAUCUGGAUUCUAUCACUAUUCCUCUCAAUACAAAACCCCACGGUCGCAUCUACAUCUUCUUCCUGAGGCCGGAGGCAAUUUCGCACCUUGCCGAGGCCAUGAAGAUUCCGACCGUUUGAAAGGUUUCCAGCAGUGUGCAAUUGACAAUCUUCUGAAUACCGGUUUGCCCUUUCUGGGAAAUGCAUCGCCCAUUACCGUUGAUGAUUUCGAGGAACGCCGUCAGCGACUGGCUGAGGCCUUGGUAGCUGAAGAUGUCGAUGCAUUUGUAGUCGAACCGGGCUAUACUUUCAAGUAUUAUGGCAACGUGAGCCAACCUGAGUGGGAAGUAUGGGAGCCCGAAGAACGCCCAUUCCUGAUGGUUGUGCGCCCGUUUUAUGAUCAAGCAGGCAGUGUCAAGGCUAACACGACUUUUCUCUGCCCGUCAUUUGAGGCUGAGCGAGCGCGACUCCUUGGAAUGCCAUUUACCGAGGCGAUUCAGAUUGUGCCAUGGGAAGAGCACUGGGAUCCCUAUACUACUCUCCAGGAAUCUGAUGUAUUCCCCGAUCUGACUCGCACCCCUCGGUUGAUGGUCGAUGAAGAAAUGCGUGACUUCAUCCAAAGAGGACUGGCAUCAGUCGGAUUCGAUGUUGUUGGAUUGGGAGGCCACGUUGAAGAGGUUCGCCAGAUCAAGAGUGCAAGCGAGGUUGAGAUUCUUCGCGCCGUUAACACAGGAACUGUUGAAGCGGUGCGCCAGAUGAGAAAAUGUCUGUACCCGGGUUUGACCGAGAAUCAAAUUGCUGCAGCCCUAGAUGAUGCUCUACGCGCAGCCGGAAUGGAACCAUUCUUCGAUAUUGUACUAUUCGACGAGAAUGCAUCGAAUCCCCACGGUGGUACCAAUGGAACAAAGGUCCUCGAGGCCGAGACUUUUGUAUUGAUUGAUAAGCCGUCGGAGAACGAGAAGACCCUGACUCCGCAGAUCGCGGAGAAACUCAAGGUCUGGGAUAUUGUCUUUGAAGCACAGACGGAAUCAAUUCGCCAGUUCCGAGAGAAUUACACUGCCGCCAGUGUGGAUAUCGCUGCGCGCAACGUGAUUGACGGAGCCGGGUAUGAAGGAACUUUUACUCAUCGCCUCGGCCAUGGAAUCGGAAUCAAGGCCCAUGAAAGCCCCUAUCUCAACAAGGGAAACCACAAGACUCUUCUCAAGACCGGAAUGGCUUUCACUUCCGAGCCCGGUAUCUAUUUGGUUGACAAAUUUGGUGUCAGACAUGAGGAUAUUCUUCUUGUCCAGGGCGACAGCGAGCCUGAGCUGCUGACAGGAAGCAGGGCCGUUGGACCAUGGGACCCAUGA